CACUUUUGUGCGACCGGCCAGGUAGUUCUGCCCUCUCUGUGUCUCGGCGGCGCCGUGGAGUCCGCGUGAUCUUCCGCGAGUGAGCCUUAAUAGUCCGGGUGGGGGCUGGCCGAAUCCAAGAAAUUCUCCUUGGACACAAAGUGCCCCGGCGGACCCGCGGGGCCUAUCGGAGACAUAAAGCAGAGUCACUGUAAUUAUUUCUAACAUCAAUUUCAAACUAUUUAUUCUUGGAUAACAGCCCAAUUAUAUGAAAUUAUGGCUGGUUAUAAGCCUGUAGCUAUUCAGACGUAUCCUAUACUUGGUGAAAAAAUCACCCAAGACACACUGUACUGGAACAACUAUAAGACCCCUGUUCAGAUCAAGGAGUUUGGUGCAGUGUCAAAAGUAGACUUUUCUCCGCAGCCUCCAUAUAAUUAUGCUGUCACAGCUUCCUCGAGGAUUCACAUUUAUGGCCGAUAUUCUCAAGAACCUAUAAAAACCUUUUCCCGAUUUAAAGACACAGCAUACUGUGCGACCUUUCGUCAGGAUGGUAGACUGCUUGUAGCUGGCAGUGAAGAUGGUGGAGUUCAGCUUUUUGAUAUAACGGGGAGAGCUCCCCUCAGGCACUUUGAAGGCCAUACUAAAGCAGUUCAUACAGUCGAUUUUACAGCUGACAAAUAUCAUGUGGUCUCUGGGGCUGAUGAUUAUACGGUUAAAUUAUGGGAUAUUCCAAACUCCAAAGAAAUUCUGACAUUCAAAGAACAUUCUGAUUAUGUGAGGUGUGGAUGUGCUAGCAAACUGAACCCAGAUCUCUUUGUAACAGGGUCAUAUGAUCAUACCCUCAAGAUGUUUGACGCACGAACCAAUAAGAGUGUGAUCUCUGUUGAGCAUGGGCAGCCAGUGGAGAGUGUCCUGCUCUUUCCCUCUGGAGGUCUUCUGGUAUCAGCAGGAGGUCGUUAUGUUAAAAUCUGGGACAUACUAAAAGGAGGACAGUUGCUAGUAUCUUUGAAAAAUCAUCAUAAAACUGUGACAUGUUUAUAUCUGAGCAGCUCUGGACAGAGGUUACUCUCUGGGUCACUGGAUAGGAAGGUGAAAAUAUAUAGCACGACUUCCUAUAAAGUAGUCCACAGUUUUGAUUACGCAGCUUCAAUUUUGAGUCUUGCACUUGCACAUGAAGAUGAGACAAUAGUUGUGGGAAUGACCAAUGGAAUACUAAGUGUUAAACAUAGGAAAUCUGAAGCAAAGAAGGAUUCUCUUCCGAGGAGAAGAAGGCCUGCAUAUCGAACUUUUAUUAAAGGAAAAAAUUACAUGAAGCAACGGGAUGACAUUUUGAUCAACAGGCCAUCAAAGAAACACCUAGAAUUAUAUGACAGGGAUCUGAAAAAUUUCCGGGUCUCUAAAGCACUUGACAGAGUCCUUGAGCCUAGUUGUACAAUAAAGACACCUGAGAUUACAGUUUCCAUCAUAAAGGAGCUAAAUCGAAGAGGAGUCCUUGCAAAUGCCCUUGCAGGCCGGGAUGAAAAGGAAAUAAGUCGUGUUCUUAAUUUUUUGAUACGGAAUCUUUCUCAGCCAAGAUUUGCCCCUGUUUUGAUCAAUGCUGCUGAAAUAAUUAUUGAUAUAUAUCUUCCUGUGAUUGGUCAGUCACCCGUAGUUGACAAAAAGUUUUUAUUACUUCAAGGACUUGUAGAGAAAGAGAUUGAUUACCAAAGAGAACUACUAGAAACCUUGGGGAUGAUGGAUAUGCUCUUUGCCACUAUGACAAGGAAAGAAAGCACUUCUGUGUGGCAGCAUGCAUCUGAUGGAUUUCUAGAGAACAAGAAGAUGGAAUCAUAGUGUCUGCUUAAAGAGACCUGUAAGAACUGCUAACUUGAAAUCGAUUUGAUUCUAUUAAUUAUUUGAAAGAGAAUCUCUUUGAUAGAUUAAAAACUACCCCAAAACUAUUCACAGAAGGAGUUUUAUGGAAGAGACCUGAAUAACUAUAAUUGGAAAAUAAGAACCUAUUUUAAGACAUGGUGUACCAUGGUUUACCAAAUAUGUACUAUAUUUUGAAUUAUUCCAUGGCAUCUUCUGCUGGAAGAUCUCCAUUAUCUUGGUCAUAGUGUAGUGUUCACCUUGGACAAAUUGAUACUAAUUUUAAUACAGCGAAGUGGUGUAUGAACAUCCGGGCAGGCAUUCAGAAUCUGGAAUGGGUUUCAGCUGGAAUCCUGCUAAAGGAACAGUGCUUUAUUUUGUAUUUCUGUCCUGGAAAAACAACAACGGCAACAACACAACAAAUGGCACAACAAAUAAAUUCUCUCUUCACUCUCAUCGGUGCCCUUGGGAUUUUCAGGCUUGGCUCCGUCUGCUUGACAUCAUCAUUUAUCAUGGGUCCCGUGUUCUGCUUCCACUGGUAGUGGGACUGCCUCUGCUCCACUUGCAGCAAAUCAGUGGCCAGCUCUGAACAGUUUAACUCUGAACUAGUUAGAUAUGUAUUCAGAAAGUGUGAGGAGGCAGCUUUGAUGCCUAACAAUUGUAUUCUCCAUUCCACAUACUCUUUUUAUUCCGUGAAUCGUGACCAUCCUUGUCAGAACAAGGUCUCCAGAUCUUAGUGGACCACGUUUUCUUCCAUCUCGAUAUGUUGUUUUUCUACCCAGUUUUCAGCUUGCUUCAGGCCAAAGGAGUGAUAAAAUUUGUCAUUUCUCUUGUAAGAAUUAGCCUGUCAUCUUGUUGUAUAUGUUUGGAGCUUAUCUUGUAGCUCCCGACCCUUCUGAAAACCAUUUUCUCUGAUCUGUAUUUAUAUUUUUAUCCCUCAAUUUCCAUAUUCACCUUGUGCUUCAGAACCCAAGCUAGAGUAGCUUGCUUUGGAAAAUAGUUGUAUUUUUUUUUAAGUUCAAUGUAAGUCACGUUUUUUUAUAAAGAUAUUCUUAUUUUCUUCUUGUAUUUCUGAGAUGUAUCAAUUCUUGAUGGAUAGUUCCUGGCUAGUGAAUGCUGGCACACACAUUUCACACUUGCUACCUCUCCCGCCUUCCCAUUCCUUUUCCACCUCAUGUGUUAAUUAUCUGUAAGGAAACAUGCCUUGGGUUAGAAGGACCCUUAGUUAAAGGAAGAUUCUAUAAUGGGAAUCUCCUCUUAAAAUUUAGUUCUGUGAAUUCAGAUUUUUUUUUUUUUAAAGCAGAAAAAAAAGUUUCUGUGAUCUGGUAAGAGCAUGUGCUCAAAAAUAAGGUGUAGUUUCCCUUUUAUGAAUUGACUUGUGUAAACAUACAGCACACUGGCUUAUGAGAAACCAGGAGUUUGCUUCCCUGAGUAAUUAUGAGAUUAGAUGAGGUCAGAAACUGUCUUCAUGUUGAAAUAAUUUAUUUAAAUAAACAUCAUAUGUAAAGGCUUUUAAAAAUACUUCUUAAGUAUGGUGGUAAUUUGUGUACUAGUAAAAAUUGAGAGGAUGAAAUUCUGUCUAAAACUAGCUGCCAUCAAGUGUGUAACAUGUGAUAAGGGUUUUCCCAAUAUUAUUAGUUUUUAAAUGUUUAUUUAUUUUGAGAGAGAGAGAAUGCGAGCAGCGGAGGGGCAGAGAGAGAGAAUUCCAAGCAGGCUCUGUGUUGUCAGCACAGAGCCUGACGCGGGGCUCAAUCUCACAAACACUGAGAUCCUGACCUGAGCUGAGAUGGGGAGUCAAAUGCUUAACUGACUGAGCCCCCCAGGCGCUCAUAAGUUAUUUUAUUCAGUUCUCAUCACAACCCUUCCACUGUUGGUGUUCUCAUUUAAUGCUGAAUUAGCUACAGUAGUUAACCUACUCUUAAAUUCCCCAAGCUUGAGUUCCUCAUCCUCCUGGCACUGUGAACUGGCCUGGCCUCUGGCCCAAAACUACUGCUUCCCUUUGAGAGGACUUCACUGAGUGCUGCAGUUCCUAGAUGAAAUAUAUAGUGAAGGUGAGUUUUUACAUUCAUUGGGACAAGUUAGUAUUUGUUAUUUAAAGUAUUUAAACACAAUUGGCAUGUUAGCCAUUUUAUGGUAUGUAACAUUGGCCUUUGGAUUCUAAUUUAAAAAGCCUAAAUGAUCUUAGACUCCUGAAUUUUAGUUUAAAAGUACUUUAUUUAUUUUUUUUAAUUUUUUUUUUUUAAUGUUUUAUUUAUUUUUGACAGAGAGAGAGAGAGAGACAGAGCAUGAGCGGGGGAGGGUCAGAGAGAGAGGGAGACACAGAAUCCAAAGCAGGCUCCAGGCUCUGAGCCAUCAGCACAGAGCCCGAUGCGGGGCUCGAACUCACAGACCGUGAGAUCAUGACCUGAGCUGAAGUCGGACACUCAACCGACUGAGCCACCCAGACGUCCCUAGUUUAAAGUACUUUAACAUGUUACUAAGCCUGCGAAAAUAUUGACAUGUUCCAGAGAAUUAAGGAAGUCACCGUACAUUUAAUUUAUUAUAUUUAUAAGAGGUACUUUGGAGAGCUUUGCUUGUUGGGUCAAGCAUUUGAAGCGCUGUUUUCAAGAAAAAUCUUUUAAGUGUAUAAAUGUUGUUAAGUCGUUUAAAGGAAUUUGGAUUGUAAAUGGGUUUGUUUAAAGAAAUUUAAAUUUUAGUCUGUUCCACUUAAGUCUGCUCUCUCAAACAUGAAUUAAAGGCCCCCUUGGAAGUGAUUAUUAAAAUGUACUAGUCUUCUGGAUGAAGUUAAAUCUAAAACUUUAAGAAAAGUUUUCAAAUGCUUGACUUUAACAAGUAACUAUAAAUUGUCUUUCCUAGGAACAAAAUGCUCCCUUCAGGCACUAAAAGAUACUUAAUGGUAAAUAGGCUACAUGCCUAUUUCCCCUGAUUAAAGUAACUAGACUAGGUGUGGUGUAUCUGGCUCAUUCCCUGUGUAAGCAGGGGGUUGUAAUUAGGAUUUGUAAUCAAAUUCUUGAUCUAAGAAAAUGUGGGAUUCAAAGAAUGCUGUUGGGAUUAUCAGCAGAGAAAGCUGGUCUGCAGAGAGAAAGGAGAAUGAAACCUAAGUCCAGAGAAAAUAAGCAAGACAAGGCCAUCCUGCCUCAGCAGUUCAGGCUAGAGAAGAGAGAAACCAUCAUUGUUACCAGCAGUUUCUUUUUCCCUUCUGGCUGUCCCUUAGGGGCUCCCUCAAGAGUCCUUGAGAGUCUUUGGAAUCCUUCUAAUAAAUUCUUUUUGUUUAGAUGA